CAAGCAGCUGCCGUUCUUGGCAAAAAUCCAAAAAAAAAAAAAUUCCCUUCGUAACCCAGACUGUCCUCGAGCUCUUUAUCCGCCUGCUCCAGCCUCCCAAGUGCUGAGAGUACUAAAGCAUGUUCACCACGACUUUCUCGUCCUGGCUUUAAUGGAGGUCUGCCUGAUGCUACGAGCCUGCUUCCACAUUUAUUCCUGUCACGCGCCCUUUACAUGGAGACCACCAUCUUACGUACGGAACUCAUUUAUCCAACUACAAGCCAGGGAUCGCAGUUUGUCAGGUCUCAGCGCUUCCUCGAGAAUGCAGUAAGCCCGACCAAACUCAGUGAACCACCUACGUGAGCGUUUUGAGAAACCAUCCCCAGCCACUGCUUUGGACCCGGAAGGAGGUAAAACACGAACGUCCACUUCCAUCUAUUUUGGGAGUCUGAGACUCUGGGAUUUAUUUAAGGAUGGCGACCCUCGGCUUCACUUUCCAUUCCCCAAUGGAAGCCCCGCAGUGUGGUUAGGCGCUGCACUACGUGGUUUGCCCGGGAGCCAGGCCAGACCGCGGACCACACCUCUUCCGGGAGACCCCGCACAGACAGGAAGUGGGUGGGGCAGCUCCCUCAAAACCCAUUCGCAGUAGAUUAGAGCCUCCAUCGUUGUCUGCUUUGUGGAGCAGGGACAACGCCCGCGGCCUAAGCAUGAAGGCGGCUUCGGUGCUGACAUCGACGGCGGCGGCGGCUGCUGCGAUGGAGCCGGGCCCCUCCGUGUCCCCGGGGCCUUCGCGCUCCUUCAAAGAAGAGCUGCUGUGCGCUGUGUGCUACGACCCGUUCCACGACGCGGUGACGCUGCGCUGCGGCCACAACUUCUGCCGCCGGUGUGUGAGCAGCUGCUGGGAGGUGCAGACGACGCCCUCGUGCCCGGUGUGCAAGGAACGAGCGGCUCCCGGGGAGCUGCGCACCAACCACACGCUCAACAACCUGGUGGAGACCCUGCUGCGGGAGGAGGCCGAGGGCGCGCGCUGGACCGGUCGCCGAUCCCCUCGCCCCUGCCGCGCUCACCGCGCCCCGCUUACGCUCUUCUGCCUGGAGGACAAGGAGCUGCUGUGCUGCGCCUGCCAGGCCGACGCCCGGCACCAGGAGCAUCGCGUGCAGCCCAUCAAGGACACUGCCCAGGACUUUCGGGCCAAGUGUAAGAACAUGGAGCACGUGCUUCGAGAGAAAGCCAAGGCCUUUUGGGCCCUGCGUCGUACCUAUGAGGCCAUUGCCAAGCACAAUGAGGUGCAGACGACUUGGCUGGAAGGCCGCAUCCGGGAUGAGUUUGACAAGCUCCGAGAUUUCCUGAGGGUGGAGGAACAGGCCACCUUGGAUGCCAUGAAGGAAGAGAGCAGAAAGAAGCACCUGCUGGCCGAGGAGAAGAUGAAACAGCUGGCAGAACAGACGGAGGCACUGGCCCGAGAGAUUGAGCGUCUGCAGAUGGAGAUGAAGGAAGAUGACAUGACCUUCCUCAUGAAACACAAGAGCCGAAAGCGCCGGCUCUUUUGCACUGUGGAGCCAGCUCCUCUCCAGCCUGGCUUGCUUAUGGAUGCGUGCAAGUAUCUGGACUCCCUGCAGUACCGUGUUUGGAAGAAGAUGCUUGGAUCUGUUGAAUCUGUGCCCUUCAGCUUGGAUCCCAAUACAGCUGCUGGCUGGCUCAAAGUGGCUGAUGACCUCACGAGUGUCAUCAACCAUGGCUACCGUGUGCAGGUGGAGAACCCAGAGCGCUUCUCCUCGGCACCCUGCCUGCUGGGUUCUCAGGUUUUCUCGAAGGGCUCCCACUCUUGGGAGGUGGAUGUGGGCGGCCUGCCAAGCUGGCGAGUGGGUGUGGUGAGGGUGCAGGCACACGCGCAGGCACAGGCUCAGGCUGAUGUAGGUGGCGAAGGCCACUCACAUAGCUGCUACCACGACACUCGUUCGGGCUUCUGGUACCUAUGCCGCACGCAGGGUGUGGACGGGGACCACUGCAUGACUUCAGACACGGCCACAGCCCCGCUGGUCCAGGCCAUGCCACGCCGCCUGCGUGUGGAGCUGGAGUGUGAGGAGGGUGAGCUGUCCUUCUAUGACUCUGAGCGCCACUGCCACCUGUAUACCUUCCAUGCCCACUUUGGGGAAGUGAGGCCCUACUUCUAUCUGGGGGCCUCGCGGGGUGACGGUCCCCCGGAGCCUCUGCGUAUCUGCCAUCUGCGUGUCUCCAUCAAGGAAGAGCUGGACAUCUGAGCUGCCAGAGUCUGCUGGACACUGGGCUGGGGACCUGUUUUGUCCCAACGUCUUUUGGUAGCCCACUACUGACACUCACAUAGCAUCCUGUAUCCUGUCUUGUCUUUUCUGUAACUCCACAUCCUUUUAUGCCUCUGUCUUUAUUUUUGGUUCCUUUUCUGCCCCCCAAAGUUAAGAGCCAUCCAGGAGAUGCUUGGUGAGCCUGGCACUGUUUAGAGUCACAGCACCUUCGAGAUGUGGGUUUUCUGAUUUCCUUUGUCCUUCUAGAGUUGCUGGUGAAGAUGUUUUCUUGUAGAAUGGGUGUUUUAAGUAGAGGAGUGACUAUUUUUAGAGAUGAUUAGGCCAGCCUAUCAGAGAUGUUGAGUCAGUUUGUCAUUUAUAGUUCCCAGGCAGAGAUCCUUGUCAGGCCACACAGGAAGCCCCAGGAUUAGUUAUGUGGGUAAAGCCUUCACCCAGGCUUUCCUCCCCCCUGUAGGACAAGCGAGGCAUUGGGCAGCCUAACCGGAUGGCAUGGCUAUUGGCAGUUGGUCUGAGGCCCAGGAGUUCCCUGUUUGUCCAACACUGACUGAGAUGGUUAGGACAAGGAAGCCCUGGCCUGCUCUGUCAGAACUUUGUAGGGUGUGGGAUACUCUGGAGUACAGCUCAGGAGUUAGUGAAUGUCACAGGAAAGGCAGCUCUAAGGCUUUUGGCAGUGGCUAGAGGUUGACCAGUUUCAAGUCAGUGGCGUAGAGGCCGAAGCGACAGUGCAGUGAGGAGACGGCUGGUGCUGGCUGGACAGGAGCCCGGGCUCGGCUCCUCAUGCUGAGUGCCACGGGCUGACCCUGAUUGGGCGUUUACACUUGGAGAGUGUCCUUGAAACUGCCCAAAGCUUCUAGAACACUUAAAAAAAGAAACCUGGUUUUGUGCGCUCGCACGCUCUCUCUCCCCCUCUCUUUCUCUCUCCCCCUUCCUCUCCCCCUCCCUCCCUCUCCUCUCUCUCCUCUCUGUGUGUAUGUCUCUCUUUGUCUCU